UGCCACACGAUGACACCCCACUUUGGCGCUGGAGCUGGCCAGGCAAUAGAGGUAGACUAUGUGAUCUCACUUUGUACGAGAAAUGCUUUUGUGCUUGGUCGCCUUCUUGCUCAUCCACUCACAACAUCAGACAACUUGCCCGCCGCGCUGAAGGCAUACCAGGAGGUUCACCUCCCAUUCGCUCAAUUUGUAGCACGGGAAUCGGGACGUAGAGGACGUAUGUGGGACUUUGAGCUGUCUAGUACAGUUCGAGGAGAAGUGCAAGAAGAAUUGAAAAUUCAAAAGGAGAAGCUCUUAGCCCAAUGGGAAUGGGAAGGCAAGGAUCGUCCUGUUGCCGAAUGGUUGGAAGCAGAAAGGAAACUACAGGAAAGCAUAGGUGUGACGAACAAGCUAUUAACGUGA